GUCCCAGAUUAACAGGAAGUUUACAAUCGUUGUUGACACACGAGCUACACAUUUAGGUACAAUUUCUUAGCAAAAAGUGUUGUUUUUUCGUCUAAACAAAGAAAAUAUGGUUUGUGACAAUUGUGAGAAGAAGCUGGGCAGGGUGAUAACUCCCGACACCUGGAAGGAUGGAGCUAGAAACACAACAGAGAGCGGUGGGCGGAAGCUGAACGAGAACAAGGCUCUGACAUCUAAGAAGGCCAGGUUUGAUCCUUAUGGGAAGCCAGGAAAGUCAGGCUUUGGCAUCUGCAGAAUCUGCAAGAGCUCUGUUCACCAAUCAGGAUCUCACUACUGCCAAGGCUGCGCCUACAAGAAAGGUAUCUGUGCCAUGUGUGGGAAGAAGGUUCUGGACACCAAGAACUACAAGCAGACCUCUGUCUAACAAGCUUCUGACCGGGAGAGAGAGAAGGUGACCACCAGGAUGACUGGAGAAGGAGUGUGGGAGAAAAUAAGAUAGAGGGGGAGGAUGGUGUGCACGAGGAAUGACGACUUUAUCAUGUUGUUUUGACCCCCUGUCUAAAACUCUCAUAGCAGAGAUGCAGUCAAGGGGUUUUUACUCUUUCCAGCUGUGUGUGUGAGAUGUGGAGCAGGGUUUCCCUCUCUAUUGUAAAACUCCUAUAAUCCUCAGCUUUGUAGCAGCAAUACGUGGCCAGCACUGUUCCACACACCAAAUCGGAGACUACUUUUAGUUUUAAUACCUGAACUGAUGGUUUCUCUUCUGUUGUGUAAAACCGGCUCUGAUGCAGGAGUUUCCUUUUAUCGAUUCUUUGUGAAUUAUAUAAAGUCAUGUUUUUUUGAGUGCAUUAAAAUAUUCAAUAUGUAA